AUGAGUGCUGGGGACGUGGUCUGCACUGGCUGGCUCAUCAAAUCGCCCCCUGAGAAGAAACUCAAGAGAUUUGCCUGGAGGAAGCGCUGGUUUGUUCUGCGCCGAGGCCGUAUGAGUGGAAACCCCGAUGUGCUGGAGUACUAUCAGAGUAAGAACUCCAAAAAACCUAUCCGCACCAUUGACCUGAAGGAGUGUGAGGUGGAGAUGUUGGACGGGCAACUCCGCAUCAAGAGGGACUUUCAUGGAAAACACCUGUUUGUGGUGAAGACUUCCUCCCGAACCUUUUACCUGGUGGCCAAAACGGAAGAGGAGAUGAACGGCUGGAUAAACAGCAUCAGUCAAAUCUGCUACUUUGGAACUCUGGAAGAUGCAGAAAGCUCUGAGGAUGGUUUUCCGCACACACCCACUUCUCUGCAGCCUUCUCCUGACGGCUCUGAUGCUGUUUCUAUGGUGAGUCAAAUGGAUGGAAGUUAUCCCCCCGACUACCUCUUCCUUUCUCAGUGCGAGACCGGGAGCGUCAGCAUCAGCAGACAGGAGAGCUUCAACUCAGACUACUCUCUGGAGCAGAGAUCAUCUGAGGACACUCACAGAGACAUUGUGCCUUCUCCUCUUUACGCAGACUCCUUUUCGUCCUCGUCCUUCCCGAGUCCCAGUCCAUGUGUCUUUAGUCACUGUCGAUUGUCCAAUCCACCUUUCAGUGCUCCGUGUCCCAUGAUCCUGCCUUGCUCCUCCUCCUCUCCUCUGCGGCGUCACUGUGCAACAAGCGUCUUCCAGUUUGACACGGUUUUUGAUGCAUCGUCUGAAAGACUUACACCGCCUCCGCUACCCCCAAAACCCGGAAAUGUCUUGGAGCAGACCCCUGAAAGGGUCAUCCAUCGACCACAAGCCUUGAGCAUGCACCAACUACCCAGUCAUUCCUUGUUCUCAAGAAGGACUUCAAUGUCUGGCUUAGACCAAUUCAGACCAGGAAAUCAUGAAAGCAGAAUGUUAAGAGACAGAAGACAGAGUCUAAAUUUGCCUUUAAAUACCCCCAGAGCUCAGGCUUGUCAAGAGGAGUCUUAUGUCCACAUGUCCACUCCCCCGGUCGUCCUCAGCAACACUGACUGUGAGGGGUACAUCCCCAUGAGCCCCAGGGCAUGUGGAGACACAGAGUCCCCUCUCAGCUCCCUCAUGUCCCAGCUUGGAGAGUUCGCUCCUCCACCCAUCAAUCGUCAUCUCAAACCAAGACUAAGGAGAGCACGACCUCCUCCGCUUGACCUCAGAGGCCUCUCCACAAUCACAGAAUGCCCUACAAAUUUAACAUUGAACAAAACAACGACUGACUUGUGCUUUGUAGGAAGUGAGAACAACAUACAAACUGAAGACACUGGAUGCAUAAUGAAUGAGUCAAGACACAUCUGCAUUCAUGGCAUUGAUGGUGUGGUGUUGCCAAUGUCAAGGAAAUCCAACCUUGACUACUUAUCACUUGAUUUCAACUCUGCAUCUCCAUCACCAGUACAGAAGAAACAAUUUUUGUCCGAUGAACAUCGAGUGGAUUAUGUGCAGGUGGAUGAGAAGAAGACCCAGGCUCUCCAAAACACUAAAAUGGAGUGGACAGAUACUCGUCAAUCCAAAACAUGA